CCUAGCUAGGUUAGACUCCAUUGUUUUCGAAUUCAUAGUGCUCGUCUUUUCUUAGCCGGCACGCCAGUGCCCCCAAAAAUCAUUAAAAUCGUCUUCAUAAAUUAAUCAAGCCCUCUCCAAGUCCCGAAAAAUCGCGAGGUCCCUCGCAACCAAGUGAACAUCUUCAGAAAAUGGAAUGGAACUCGUUCUACUCGAACGCUUGCUACGAGUGUGGAAAUUGGGGUGAGGGUUACUCUCUAAACUACUGUAAAAAUUGUCGAGCAGUUGGAUUCUGCGAGAAAGACUCAAAGACUCAGAAUCCGAAGCACAAGGACCUCUGCGAGGUGCUGACACAGUUGAGGGGUGCGUCCCCCUCGGUCUUCACGGGUGAUGGGGGUGAGUGGAACCAGGCAUCUUGGGCCCUCAUGAAGACCAACCUCAUGCUGAUUACUCAAUUAAAACUUGGAAGGAAGCUGAACAAACAGGAGGAAGAGGUCCUAAAAUUCCCGAAACGAUGUGUCACUUGUUUCGAGACAGAUCACAAUAAUUUAACAGACUGCAAGGUAUGUCCCGGCACCAGUUUUUGCCCUCGUCACAUGCAGUCGAAGGAGGAGCACUCCGAGAGAUGCAGGAAGAUAACAGAAUGCGCUGCCUCUGACGUGUUUUUCUCCCCGAUGUUGAGGAGAGACAUUCCGAGUGUUCCAGAGGAUCAAAGUCCUUCGAAACUCCCCGAGGAUAUGAACCAAUUCAUUAAAAUCUGUGGACCAAACUUCGUGCCAUUCCCCCACAAUGUCCAGACGUCAGCGAGCUCUGAGGUAUUCACUAGACCCCUGAGUCUCUUAUACGGAAUCGAGAAAAUUAAUUAUGAAAUUAAAGACAGAUUGGUGGUGCACGUGGUGGGGGCGAGUGCUGUGGACCUAGAGGACCCCAGCACCUUUGAGAUCAUCCUCCACUUCAGACCGAACCUGAAGGAGAUAUUGCUUGUUUUUGUUGGUCCUGACCUCGAGGGCAUUGAGAUGCCUUCGAUGACCCCUUAUUUGUGCAGAGAGUGUAAGAAGAGGGAUGUUAAGCUCGAUGUGAAGAUAAUAGCUAGGUUUUAUCAUGAGUUCUUCGAGGGGGAGGAGUUCCUGAGUCCUGAUGUCGUCGUUGGGUACAAUAUCGGGGUCCACGAAUGUGUAGAGUUCAAUUCUGAGAGGGACACGUGGGCUCCGACGAUAAAAACCAUUGGAGGGUUGAUGUGUCCUCUGAUUGUCACGUCUUACACGCAGGAGGAAGCCCAGAAGGACUAUGAGAGGAUUUUAGGAGGUUCUGAAAAUUUUGUGGGGGUCGUGAACCAGAAAAAUCCGUUUGGGAGCCUGAGGCACUACAGGGAUUUUGAGAACGAUGAAUUUUAUUAUCAAAAUCAGUUCAUUAUGGUUUUUAAAGGGGGUGAGAGGCGGGAGGGAGAGGUAAUUGGAAGGAUGGAGGGAUUGACACUGAGAGAGAAUGUUAUGGUUUGUGAUUGAGGCAAUUUAGACUUACCCUGGAGGCGACGACUGGAAAAUCCGUUCCUGGUGUCGAUGAAGAGGACUCUACCAUCUAGACCGUCCUUUUCUUGGCACAACUGAGUUGUUAUACACAGUUGGAAGCUGAAAAUCAUGGGUUUUGUGAUUUUUUGAAUUUUGUAUAUUUUUAUUUGGAUUUUGAAUUUUUCCAGUUGAAAUGUUAGCUAAUUUGGAGUGGAUAGAGGGAGAACAGGGUGAGUUAAAAAAUUGGAGGAAUAUAUUUUUUUUAGUUAUCUCGGAAACUAAAAUGACAGAUUUUUUAAAAAUUCAACUAACAGCGGCAUUAGAAUUAACAAUAUUGUUAAAUUUAAUUCAAUUUCAAAUCGCAUUUAUUGAAUUUCU